AUGUCUGGAUCAGCCUUUGAACUAGGAGAGGAAGAUAUCGGGAGAGGAUGCUGUGACAUUGGUGGUGUUAGUUUGGAAGUUGACUGUCUCUUCAAGUGGAAGGGCAGGCCGGACAGAGGAUCCCCGGAAUGGCCUUCAUCUGACACGACAAGCAAGCCUGUGCCCCCGAAUAACGAACGUGCAGUCACCGAGUGCUGUUACCGUGUCCUGGCCGAGAGAAGUCCUGUGCGCACCUCCAACGUUUCCCAGCGUGGAAUUCUAAUGCCUUCCCGUGAUCCUCCUCCAGCCAGACCGGAGUUGAGCCCAGCCUCCACAGAGAAGAGGCCGGUUCUGGCCCCCCCAUGGAGCGUGGAGCAUAGCAGCCCAAGCCUUCCCACUAGCGUUGUCUCCGGGUCCACCCCAUCUGAGCCACCUGUGUCUCCCACCGCUGCUCCCAGGACAGUGAAACAACUGGUGUCCACUGGAGAUAAUCUAAUAACUUUACCAGAAAAUGAAGUUGAACUGAGUUUUGUUGUGCCGGCGCCUCCCGCAGAGACCACGUACAGCUAUGAAUGGAGCUUGCUAAGCCACCCGGUAGACUACCGAGAUGAAAUAAACGAAAGACACAUGCAAAUGCUUAAUCUUUUAUUUCUGUUGCAGUUGUCAGCAGGACUUGAUGCGUUCAAGGUAGCGGUUUCCGGUGAAAAUGCCUUUGGAGAAGGAUAUGUCUGUGUCACUGUUCGGCCAGCCAGAAGAGUCAACCUACCCCCCACGGCAGUGGUUUCUCCCCAGAUGCAAGCGCUCACCCUGCCUUUGACGUCAGCUUUCAUCGACGGCAGCCAUGGUACAGACGACAUGAGAAUAGUGAGUUAUCGCUGGGAGGGAAUUAAUGGCCCCUUCAGAGAGGAGACCCCCGCCAAGUCCCCCAUCUGUCUGUCUAACCUUGUUCCCGGAAACUAUACUUUCAGAUUGACUGUUACAGACUCGGAUGGAGCCACUGACUCCACAACUGCAGUCCUCAUGGUCAGCGGUGCUGUGGACCAUCCGCCGGUUGCCAACGCAGGACCAAAUCAGACCAUAACUUUGCCCCAAAACUCCAUCUGUUUGAAUGGAAAUUGGAACAGUGAUGAUCAUCAUAUUGUCCUCUGUGAGUGGUCCCUGGGUCCUGGGAGUGAGAGCAAAGAGGUGGCCAUGCAGGGCAUCGAGACACCAUACCUUCAUUUGUCUGAAAUGCAGGAAGGAAACUAUACGCUCCAGCUGAUGGUGAGAGAUUCUUCAAGACAGCAGUCCACUGCUGUGGUCACUGUGACUGUCCAGCCUGGUCAAGCGGCAGUGGAGAUGGGGAAUAGUGACAAGGCUGUCGCCACCGUGAGCAGGCUUCCGGUGGGCAUGCACCGCUUCCGCCUGACGGUGACAGGCCGGCGGGGGCUGAGCAGCGCCAGCAUACUCACUGUGGCCGUGAGGAAGGAAAAUAAUAGCCCUCCCAGAGCCCAGGCUGGUGGCCGGCAUGUGCUUGUGCUUCCCAAUAACUGCAUUACUUUGGACGGUUCAAGGAUUGUGUCCCACCUGUGGAUCCGGGACGGCCAGAGCCCAGCUGGGGAUGCCAUUGGUGCCUCUGACCGCACCGCAGCCGUGCGGCUCACCAAUCUGGUGGAGGGCGUCUACACGUUCCACUUGCAAGUGGCUGACAGCCCGGGGACCGCGGACACGGACACUGCCACCAGGGAAGUGCGACCGGACCCCAGGAAGAGUGGCCUGGUGAAGCUGGUCCUGCAGGUGUGCGUGGGGCAGCUGACGGGGCAGCAGAAGGACAUGCUCGUGAGGCAGCUGACGGCGGACGUUCAGGUCCAGAAGAUCCAGGCCCACUCGGGUCUCAGCACCGCGACUGUGUUUUCUGUACAGACCGGGCCGCCGUCCGUGGUUCUCGAAGCUGCCGACGUGGUGCGGGGUCUGCAUAGACAGCUCCCCGAGGAGAAGGAGGAUUUCUUGCUUUUCACCGUCUUGAGGGUUGACACAGCAGACUGCCUUCUGGAGUCCUCCGGCCUCAGCCACUGCGACCCCGUCACAAAGCUCUGUGUGUGCUCUCCACUGUGGGUGGAGAACCCGAUGGAAUGUUACUUCCAGGACAGGGAAAGCAACUGUGAGUGGAGUAUGGUCUCCAUAACCUCCGUGGUUCUCACCCUUCUGACACUAACAGGGGGCUUGUCCUGGCUUUGUAUCUUCUGCUGAAAGAGACGAGAGAGGACCGAAAUAAGGAAGAAUACCAGGUAUGCCAUCCUGGAUAACAUGGAUGACCAGGACAGAACGGAGCUGAGGCCCAAAAACGGUAUCAAACACCGAAGCACGGAGCACAACUCCAGCCUGAUGGUGUCCGAGUCUGAGUUUGACAGUGGUCGGGACACAAUCUUCAGCUGAGAACGGAUGGAGAGAGGGGAUCCAAAAGGUUCUAUGAAUGGUUCCGUCAGAAACGGGGCUUCCUUCAGCUAUGGCUCCGAGGACAGAUGA